AGGGCAGCCACCAGCAUCAUUACUUAAUGAUGAGAGAGGGAGACACAAGGCUGGUCUCCAAAUGACAGUGGAGGAGGAGGAGGGGGGAUUGUGGGAGAUUAAGGGAGCGCUUUGCUGUUUGUUAUACACUGCAAAGCACCGCGGGAUGUUUGCUGAGCGGCACUCUCAUUUGGGACGAGGAGAAAAACCGGCAGGGGGACCUUAAACUUGGCUGAGGAGAAAGGCGAGAUCAGUGUAUUAUUCCUUGAGCGCCUCGGGAGGAGGAUCCGGGAAGAAGAUAAGGAUUAGACAGCACUGGUACCAAGCAGUCUUGAGAUUCAUACAGUGGGAUAUCUGUUUGAGCUGAUGAUGGUCAUCUUCGAGGCACUUGUUAGCAACUGAGAAGAAACAUCUGUUUAAGAAGGAGCCAGAGGGUUUAAGAAACCUUGAAUGUUGAACUGACGUUUACCAACAUGACCUGUGGACUGUAUCCAGGCGUCUUCCUGCUGCUGCUCUGCCUCCUCCAUGGCUCUGAGGAGACCUGCCCAUCCGUGUGCCUCUGUAUAUCUGAUACAGCGAGCUGCAGCUCUGGCGGUCUGUCCAGGGUGCCCCUGUCCCUGCCCUCCUUCUUUGUCACCCUCGACCUCAGCCACAACCACCUGUCCUGGCUGGGUCCCGGCAGCUUCCAGAGCAUGCCCAGAUUGGAAAACCUCCGGCUGGCCCACAAUCAAAUCAGCACCGUGAGUCAUGGCAUGUUUCGCAAUGCCUCUGGCCUCAGGCACCUGGACCUGUCCUCCAACAAGCUGCGAAUGAUAGAGCAGCACUACUUCCAGGGACUGUGGAGGCUGGAGGAGCUCCUUCUCUUCAAUAAUAAGAUCGCACAGGUAGAAGCUGGAACGCUGAAUGGCCUGAGCAGCUUAAAAAAGGCCUACUUCAGCUUCAACCAGAUCACACACUUCCCGUUCUUCUCCAUCCAAGAUCACAGUCAUCCGUUCUUGACCAUGCUCGACCUUUCAUCCAACCGCAUGUCUCAUCUGCCAUGGCAGGAUGUGAAAACUUUGCCUGGGUUGGUGCAGCGGGGUCUGUAUCUCCACAACAACUCACUGAUCUGUGACUGCUCCAUGUACAGCGUGUUUUGGCACUGGAAUCUGAGGGGCUACGACUCACUGAGGGAUUUCACGGAUGAGCUUACCUGCUUCAUAUAUGGCAAGCCACGAGCAGCGAUCCGGUUUCUGCGACACAACCGCUUCUUCAACAACUGCACCGUGGAGAAAGCGGUCUUGCAGCCUGUGACGGUUCUGCUAUCCAGUGUGCUGGUUUCAGAGGGAGAAAGAGUGCGUCUGGACUGCCAAACAUCCCUGAGUGGCACAGACCUCUCAUUUACAUGGUUCUCCUCCAGCAAGGGGUACAUCACCCAGGCCAGCAUAAAUGACACGCUAAUUAGCAUGUUUCCUAACGGUACCUUGGAGAUUGAAGAAACCAAGGUCAACGACUCCGGUCUGUACGUGUGCACAGCUGUGGAUAUUAAACAGGCCCUGAAUGCAACUCGGGAGGUGAACGUGACGGUGCUCCUGCCUGCAGCGGAGUCAUUCAACACUGGCUACACCACGUUGCUCGGCUGUGUGGUGACGCUGGUCCUCAUCUCCAUGUACGUUUUCCUGACUCCGUGUCGCUGCAACGGCUGCAAACAGUCAAACCCUGCAGUUAUCCCAAUCGCAACCUGCGACCCCAGCACCCGGUCUUCUGUUUUCUCAUGCACCACAAGAGACCAGUCCAAAAUCCACACUAAUAAGCAUGUAGCGUUCACGGAGCCGAUGAUGAUGCAAGAAGGAACAGAAUGGACUUCAGAAAGUUGAAAAACCAUUUUUUCUUCUUCAUCUUGUCUUUUUAUUUUCUCAAGUGGAUUCAGAAAACCUCUGGACAAAUGAAACCUCGUCACUCAGGAAGUAGCGGAUUUUAUUUAAGUAUUAAUGCUUAAAAGGAAAAAAUGAACUCCCCGUCUCUUUCCCGACUGCAAGCUGCAGUUAAAAGGCAUUCUGAGCAAAAAAGUAAUAUCUGAUGCUUUUCUGUCAUACGGCCAGGUAGUUGAAAUGAAAGUUUCAGCUUUGGUUUAUUACCCUCAGCAUGCUGACACUGCCCAAUCACAGCAGAGCCAUUAUCGGCCCUAAAAAUCAGCUAAUAACUUCUCUGUGUACUCAGGUACAGCACCGGGGGGGAUAUUUCUUAUGGGAUCAGAGAAUGAUUCUGGCUCACUUUCCACAGAAAAAGUUUAAAGCUUACACAAUACCGCUGCAGGUGAAUGAUUGUACAGACUGCGGAAAGUCAUUUCAGUUUAUGCAUCUUAGUCAAGUUGAGGUGUUCCAUCAUUAGUGUGGUAGAGCUGAACAUGAAUUUAAACAUGCAGCCCUCAACUAUUGAAAUGUGUAGUUUGAAAAUGAGGCACCUAAAACUUUAUCCAUCACCUGAAAACUUCAAUCCCGACGAAGAAUUCAAUCCCUUUAGAUCAACAUUCUAUACUUUCAGUUCUGAAAGCAAUUAUUACCAUUUCCACCGAUGCCUGCAAAUGCAAACAAUCUCAUAUAAACCUGUUGCAUUAUCUGGCAAACAGUGAAGUGCAGAAAUCAGGAGUGUCAACAAACCAAAAACCAAACAGCAAUUGGAAUGCUCUUCAAAGACAGCAUCUCUUUGAUCAAAUACAGCAGAGCACUUUUGAACACCACGGAUCAAACACAGUCACUAAAUUUGUACUGAGGUGACAAAUUCUGCAAGCAGCUGCGACGCAAACCCUACGGGGGCAGAUGUUGUAUAGCUUCGUUUGCUCCAUUUUUUUUUCUUUCUACUUAAAUUCAGCGUAACAAGCUUCAAAUGGCAGAAUUACAUACUGGAACAACAGAGAUGAAAGGUACUGAAGAAGGACCAGCAUGAUAUGGCGAAUGGUUAGAAUGACUGUUGCCUGAAUUUGACUAUCUACAAUUACAGAUAUCAAGAAUGUCAUUCUGAAUAGCUGCAAUUACACUGUCUGUAUUUUUAUUCAAAAUCUCUAUCACUGGGGAAAUUGACAGUUAAAGAGCUCAGUAAUUCAGUUGUGACUUGUCAAAAUAAUAGCUGCAGAUAUCUCAAAUGUCAUUGUGACUAGCUCAAAUUGUUGUGCAUGUGAAGUUUCCCCACUGGAUCCUGGUCCAGCGACGCAUUUAAGCAGUGAUCACAGAAGUAAUAAUGGUAGCUGUGAUGGUUAGAAAAUGUCAUGAAAUCAAAAGACCUUAUCAAUAAGAAAUUUGUAAAGAACGAGGGCUUGGUGGUUUAGAGAUUUGUGGUUGAAAUAUACUCGAGCUCUGGCCUCGGGCUGCUCUAACAUGACAGUAAAACAGCUUGACGUAUACAGUUACGACGCCGCGGCAUGUUUAAAAAGCAAGCUGCCUCCACCUUCCACUUGCUGUUGCUUAUGACAUAUGUGCAGCAUAAUUUUGCUAAAUGAAGGCUCUAAAUCAAGAUAUCUGUAUUUACAUUUUGACUACACAGAAUUCCCUUACAUUGUUCAGACUAGUUCACGCUUUACUUAAGAUAUCCAAGAAGGACAGUUUUGAAGGGACAUUAAAUACAUCUUGAAACAGCAUUAUGACAAGUCACAAUCAAACUAUAGAUAUCAGAAACUGGAAUUGCAACUAGUCACAUUUCAGCUGCAGAUAUUAGCAGUUCACAUUGGUACCACUGACAUUGCAGAUAUUUAAAAUGUUCAUAUUUGACCAGGGAGAGCCGAGUUAUGGAUAUCUACAAUUCAUGACCAGUCGAGCUAUUAAAACUUAAACCUGCACUGCCAUGAGGAGGAUGAGAGCAUUACGUUGAAAGACCAAAGAGAACAUAUGGGUGGUCAAGGAUGAAGGGACAUUAAACCUGAGGAGCCAAACAAUAACCUCAAAAGAAACAAAUCAAUUUCCUUGAAUUCAAAGCAUCUUCAGUGUUUUGAGGUUGUAGCUUAAUCUUUAUGCAAACACAGGAUGGGCCUAUGGAUUGCAUCGAGAUUGAAUAGGAUUAGAUGUAAUCUCUCACAUAAUGUCACAGAGAAGUCGUCGGUAACUGCACGUCUGACAAAGCAGUGCAUGCUUAUCGUGUAGGGGCCUUUGAUUACUCGUAAAUCCUUAAUUAAAACUUGACUCCUUUAAAAGCCAGAGGAGACUAGUAUUGCUGUGCAACUUGAAUGUGAAUUCAAACACGCACAGUAAAACAAAGAAGGGAAAUUUGGAAUCAAAUGGGCAACUGUGCAUGAAAUUGGAACGAGCGGCUCUUACUUUUAAACUCUCAGGGAUUACACAAAGAACUGUAUUGUAAUGCACCCCUCUUUUUCCAAUCACACUGUUGCUGACUUGGUUUGUUUCGCAAAGUCUCAAAUGUUUCCUCGGUGGGAAGCAACAUUUGAACUCCUGAACAACCAUUACAUAACAUGCUAUGUGCCUGUGUGAUAUAACGUCUUGUAUUAAGAGUCUGACCCGCUGUUUUUCAGAGGCUCUGCAGUGGAAGAAUUAAACAGUGUGAUGAGUUGAGGUUAAGGGUUUAGGAGAUUAACAUAAGGAUAAAAACCAGGUGCUUUGUCAAUUUCUGUGUUUCUAAAUCCCUCUGAUCUGGUUCCACUCUCUGACACAGCGCACAUAGCUGGGUUAGGUCUUAUUGUUUCUGAUAUGAUUAGCAAACAUGUUAAAACAGAGGACAUGAUGUGAGCAGCUCUCAGAGGGGUUUUUUGUUUCACAAAAGGGCCCGCAGAUGACCUAGUUACAUAAUCUCAGUGCUGAUUUAGGCAGAACGUCAGAGUUAGGAUGAGUGAAGUUAGAACCCUGAUCCAUUUGGGAUCCAGCAUUUUAUUUUAACCUUGUGACAGCAAGUACUUAACUGAUAAUGGGGGGCCUCAGUGCAUUUGGGGAAAAAAAAAUACAAAACCAAAAAAGGUAUAAACGCACUCAGUAAAGGAUCAUUUUUGUUCUAUUAAAGCGAUGCACAUUUUCGAGUUCAUUUUAAACACAUAGGGUAGUAGACAGAUUUAUUUGCUAUAAUUUGGACCCUCAUAAUUUGUGCUGUUCUACUUAUACUAACAUUUACACAUUGAUAGAUUGCUCGAAUGAUUACACAGUAAAAUAAAAAUCCAAUUUCAGUCUACACAGAGAGGUGCAAGUCUAUAUGAUUUAGUUUGUCUGUUUUCUGACAAUUAUCUUAAAUUACCCAGAUGUAAGGGAAGCACCCCUUGAUGCUUGAAAAGAUGCCCCUCGCCAAACCAAAGCAAAACACUCCAUCAGGCUUCAACUAAAGUAUGCACUUCCCUUCCCAGAUUAAUUGUUUUUCCUAGUUAGGCUGGGCUCCCAGGGAUUCGAAAUCAUCUUAGUCAAGAAUCUAAUUACUGUGAAAAAAGGAGUUUUCCUCUGAAUAGAACCAGUGGAAUUGCUUUCACUUGUUGAAGGCAGCCUUGACUGUCAACACAGGCUAUUAGUGAACUGUCAAAACAGUCAUCAGGCAAGAGUGGAGGCAUCCAGCUGUGUCAGAUACAUGCGCAUCUCUCAGAUGCUUUGACAUCCACAUACACAAGCACAACGGGGGCCUAGUGUCACCUUAAAUCCUCAUUUCAUUCUAAGUUGACAAUUUACUUGGAACAUGUGCUUGAGAGUGUACAAAGUAUUCCUUUCAGAGCAUUCCACCAGCAGGCUUUGCUAUACCGUAGAUCUUUUUUAGGAGGUGGGUCGGUUGCUUCCAAAAAAAGAUUAAAACAAAUGCAGGCUGCUACACCAGGCUGUUUAUCAUACCUCUGCACUGAGUAUGAACGCAGGCUGUGGUCUGUGUUUUCAAAGCAGAAUAAAGCAGCAGAAUGGUCGACGUACCAUCAGGAAUGUGGUCUCAUUGUGGGGAACAUAGCACAGAAAUACCUCCUUAAUCAAAUCUGUAGCUGAGCCAAGCGCAUUUCAUUGUAAAGAAAUGAAUGAGUAUACGCAGUGAUCUUCCCUGAUCUAAGCUGUUCAGCAGGCUGGGAGCAGUGUCCUGGUGCACCGUCUCUCUGGGGCCGUUAUGUGCUUUAGUAGGUGGAAUUUAGUUGGAUAAUAUAGGAUUUGACAAGCACAAUGACUCAAAGUAUUUUAAGUUUUAUAAUGUGGCCCAUGACCACUUUCUUCUUAUUUCUUUUUUUUUUUUUUUUUUACAGCAUCCUCUUGUCUUUUUAUGUUUCCUCAGUGUUCGGUUCUUGUAAUUCCUUCCUCUGGCUUUAUAGUGUCAUGUUGUACUGAUGGUUCCUUUGUUAUUAGAUGUCACACUCGAACAAUGAACUUUGAUGAAAUCUGGCUUUAUUAUUUCUAUCAAAAAAGACCUUUAGUGUCACAGACAGAGAGGAUAGCCCAUCUACAGCAUGCUAUAGUGUCAGUAGUGGCAGAUACUCUACAAUGUGCUACACUGGCAGUAUGGCUCUGGAGACUGCAGUGUUGGUGUGUCUCCCAAUAUGAUCCAGGCUGAAAUAUCUCGGUAGCUAUUACACAGAUUGCCAUUGAAUUUUGUACAGUCAGUCACAGAACCCAAAGGAUGAAACCUUUUUGCUGUGGAGAUACUGAGUGAAAGAUGUCAGCAAAUAUUGAAAGAACUGCUUUGAUGUCUUCCUCGAGAUGAAUUGUAAUAACUCUGUUAAUCCCCUGACUUGCCAUCAUGCACCAUCCCUGGUGUACAUUUUUUAUUUGGUCUGUGACCCCAUUUCUGCAAAACUAAUGACAUUCAGGUUCCACUGUACCUCAUAUGUCAUGCUAAUUAGCAAAUUACAGAAUGCUGAAUGUGGUAAAUAUUUUACCUGCUGAUCAUCUGCAUGUUAGCUGUACCACUGUCUGCACGUUAACAUGCAGAUCAAAGCUCUGCUGUGUCUAACUACAGCCUCACAUAGCUGCAUGCAUGGCUCUCAUAUCACCAUGUUAAUCACAUUUCUAAUAUUAAUACAGAUAUCAGUCGCUUGCAUAGUCUCAUAAAACAUUAAUAGAUUAUAUCUUUUUCCUGUGCCACUACCUGCAGGUUUUGUCGCUCGCUCGCUCGCUCGCUCCUACUGUUUUGUGUGUCCAACAACACUACACAGUUUUGCCUGCAUCAGGGCUUCAUGAAAGCUGCCGUUAAGCUACAUUACCUCUCUGUGGUCAAGCCCCAUCCUGAGGCUAUGCUGCCUUUUCUGGGGAACCAGAGGAUUUCCAUAAUCUGAGGUGUUGAGACACAUAACAGAAGAAGUGACGCUUGUGUGCUGUUACAUAAAUACAAGAGCAAAGUCAUGGUUCACUCUGGCCUAAAGCCUCACAUCCUUCUGAGGCACUUCCUCAUGUAACACCAAAUCUCAGGUAACUCUACAGCUCCCCAAUCUCAUCUGACCAACACUUUUUCAACUGUGCAAAAGCAAACAUGUUGUUUCUUGAUCCUGUUGUUACUUCCCCUGUAUGUCCUAAUCCAAUAAAACUGGUUUCUAUUCUAAAAACUGAGUUAAAUGAGUAUAUUAUGUGCAAAAUGGAUGCUUGUAGUCAGUGUUUAACCCUUUGAUGCAUAACAUGGGUUAGCAGAUACCAAUUUUCCUUUGAAUAUGGGUGAGUUUUGACCCAUGCCUUCCACUGAAUAAUUACUGCAGUGAUGAAUAUGUUUCCGCUGGCAACACUUUAUUUAACCCUAGCUGAUGCAUUUCUUAAAAAAACAUGUUGGACGACAUAUGCUGCGGUAGUAGAAAGGAUGUUCAUCUGUCUCAGAAGAGUCAAAUUAUUGGCCUACAUCAAGCAAAGAAAACGACUAAGGAGAAUGCUAAAACUACUAAAAUUGGGUUUAGAACCAUCCAACGCAUCACUAAAACCUGGAAAGAUAGUGGUGAACCAUCAUCUUCAAGGAAUGAGUCCAGAUUUACCUUGUUCCAAAUUGAUGGGCACAUCACAGUAAGAAAAGACAGAUGAAGUGAUGCACUCAUCAUGGCUAGUGCCUACAAGCCUGUGGGGGUUAGGGUUAUGAUCUGGGGUUGCUGCAGUUGAUCAGGUCUAGGUUCAGCAAUGUUAUGCACCCCAAAGAAUGAGGUCAGCUGACUAUCUGAAUAUACUGAAUAACCAGGUCUUUCAACUGAUGGAGUUUUUCUGCCUUGAUGGUUAGGAUUACGUUCCAAGAUGAUGAUUCCAAAAUUCAUGGGGCUCACAUUGUGAAUGAGUUGUUCAGGGAGCAUGAGACAUCAUUUUCACACAUGAAUUUACCUCCAUAGAGUCCAGACCUCAGCCCCAUUGAGAAUCUUCGGGAUGUGCUGGAGAAGACUUUUUGCAGCGGUCUGACUCUCCCAUCAUCAAUACAAGAUCUUGGCAGAAAAUUAAUCCAACUCUGGACAGAAAUAAAUGCAGACUUUGUUGAAGCUUACCAAAACAAUACCAUGGUGAAUGUGUGUCUUUCUCAAAGCUAAAGAUGGCCCAAUGAAAUAUUAGAGUGUGUGACUUUUUUUGUUUUGGAUGGGCAGGGUAUUUGACAGCUGUCCUUACUUUCUAUUUUUCUGAUUAUAUGAGGACCUUAUAAAAGAUGAUUCAGUCUUUUGUCAUUAAACAAACCAGUAGUAUAAAGAAUUUAAAAUCAGCCACACAUACAAAUUACCACAUUAAGCCAUACAAAACAAUGCAUGAGAAAUAAAAACGAUGAAUCUGUCCAUUAACUAUUUAUGUCAGGAACUCCAGUAACUACUUUGGCUUCAACUGAAACUCUCAUAUUGUCCUCACUAGGGUCGCGGGGGGUGCUGGAGCCUAUCCCAGCUGACUCGGGCGAAGGCAGGGGACACCCUGGACAGGUCGCCAGUCUGUCGCAGGGCUUCAUUUGAAACUACACACUUACAAUUUCCUUAGCCUUUGUUCAAGUACUUAAGUUCUAUUUGUAGCAAGUGAACUUUUAUGUGGUCAGCAUUGUUUUAAGCUGUACAAACCUUUUGUUAGUUUUCCAGGUGGGGUGUCCGGUCUUCAGCUGUUGUGGUCAUCUGACUGGCUUCAAACAAAAGAUGGCGACAAGGAAGCGCCAAGCUUUUACACCAGAGCUGCCAAUCAGACCAUACCAAGUGCUGCCACUUCGAGGGGUGCACCAGGUUUAUUUGAUUUAAAUAUGAUUUUAUUAUUUUGAUUUGUGUUGCAUAAUUUGAUAUAUUUAGUUUAUUAUUAUUAUUAUUCUUUUGAGUAGACCAAUUGUACUGGUUUGUGCUUUUUUGUUGGUGGUUUAGAGGUAGAUUUUUAUUUAUGUUCAGGGUUUUCUGUGUUUGUUUGAUCAGUGCAGUUGGUUUGCGCUGUUGUUUUGUUGCUUUUAGCCUUAGUAAAGUUUUAUUCUUUUGACCUCUUCUAAGGACCCAAAUUUAGUAUUUAUUUAUUUUUUUGUAAGUUGCCAUUUCAGGGGUGUGAAAUAAAAACUCUGUUUUUGAAUUCA